CACUUCAUGUUACACAAGAAGAAGACGCGCCAUCUGACAACGUAGCAAUGUUUCUUUCUUGAACGCCCGUCUGCUGUCAGUCUGUGGAGAUUCUUGCGGUUAUCGGUCUGUCCUGUGUGAGUUUGUGUGUGUUAUCUGCGUCCACAUAGGGAGGACGUCACUUUCAGGGCCAUAAAGCGCUCCGGUGACCAGCGUUUGGUCUCGAGUGACGACGUGUCCAGGAACUGCGUGAUGAGCCGCACAUAAACAGUCGCUUACGGUGCUUCAUUACAGGCCAUUAGCCGCUGUUCAUUCAUCUGACAGUUCAUUUGUGGGAGAGACGUUUUAAACAAGCGGUUUCUACAUCUAAUUCUGACACCUAAGCUGUAAAACCAUGUCUAACCGGAGAAGAUCUCAGCUUAGCCGCUUGUGCGCAUCAACUUUGAUAGUAUUUGUGAUGCUGGCAUUGAAUGUUCAGGCCAGGCCAGCAAAUAUAUCAGCGUUAAAAGGCAAACAGCCCAACAGUAAGGAGGACAAUGAGAUUCUUCCACCUGAUCAUCUGAACGGUGUGAAGAUGGAGAUGGACGGUCACCUCAAUAAAGACUUUCAUCAGGAGGUGUUUCUAGGGAAGGAGAUGGAGGAGUUCGAGGAGGAUUCAGAGCCAAGAAGGAACAGGAAGAAGCUCAUUGAAAUCUUCACCAAAGUGGAUAUAAAUAAAGACAGAAGUGUCAGUGCUAAGGAAAUGCAGCGCUGGAUCAUGGAGAAAACAGAAGAACAUUUUCAAGAGGCUGUUCGAGAAAACAAGCUUAGUUUCCGUGCUGUAGACCCUGAUGGGGAUGGACUUGUUACAUGGGAUGAAUACCGUGUGAAGUUUUUGGCCAGCAAAGGUCUCAAUGAAAAGGAAGUGGCUGAGAAGAUCAAAAAUAAUGAAGAACUGAAAGUGGAUGAAGAAACUCAGGAGGUUUUGGAGAGCUUGAAGGACCGCUGGUUUCAGGCUGAUAAUCCUCCAGCUGACCAGCUGCUGAAUGAAGAGGAGUUCCUCUCGUUUUUGCACCCGGAGCACAGCAGAGGCAUGCUCAGAUACAUGGUCAAGGAGAUCGUUCGAGAUCUUGAUCAAGAUGGAGACGGAAAGUUGACUCUUGCUGAAUUCAUCUCCCUUCCCAUGGGAACUGUGGAGAAUCAGCAGGCCCAGGACAUCGAUGAUGACUGGGUUCGAGAAAGGAAGAAGGAGUUUGAAGAAGUUAUUGACGCAAACCAUGAUACGAUUGUAACCAUGGAAGAGCUGGAGGAAUACAUGGACCCUAUGAAUGAGCACAACGCUCUGAAUGAGGCCAAGCAGAUGAUCGCUGUGGCCGAUGAAAACCAGAACCACAACCUGGAACUAGAAGAGAUCCUAAAAUACAGCGAGUAUUUUACAGGCAGCAAGCUCAUGGACUAUGCUCGUAAUGUACAUGAGGAGUUUUAGGAGUUCCUCAAGUCUUUAUAAAUAAGAAAUGCAUGUAUAUUUCACUGAAGUGUCGCAAGUGACAAUGUUGGCCUUUGCUUGCUUCCCGAAAUGGGAUCAACAAGUGCAUUCGGACAUAUUUGCAAAUGUAAAAUACCGCAAGCCACAAAAACUUCUGUAAUGUUGCAGUGCACAGGUAUGAGACCAUUAAGACUUUGUGAUUUCCAUAUGAGCGCAGUAUAAUUAAUUUGACACUUUGUCACUUUCAUUAGUUUUUGAGUGUUUAUAAUUAAGAGAAAUGUCUGUAUAUGAGGAAUUGGGAAGGGGGAAGAGUGUUUUGGUGGAAUUGAUUAAAAAAAUGAUUAAUGUAAAUAAUGUAGUUAUUUUGAGUGCCAUAAUAUAUUAAUGCAUUCUCA